GACAGAAUCUAUCGACCAAACAAAAGAAUGGAGGAUUGGAUCAUCAAAACUCAAAAACCAAAUUUUCUAAAUUUGUCGAACAGCUUGAGAGAAAUGUUACACAAUAUAUAAGCUUUUAAUUCUAAAAACUAACACACCAGAAAUAAAUAUUUAAAUAUAUUUAUAAGUUGAUAAAAAUAACAAAGAAAGAACAACGAAGCAGAGAAUUUUUUUUAGAGAAACUUAAAAGAGGUUAUAACUUAUAACGUAUCUGUCGUUAAAUCUGUUGAAUAGUUCUUAUAAAAUACAAUCGUUACGAAAGUCAAUUGGGUUACCACGAAACGGUGGGGCCCAUCGUGACCAGGAGAGAAGCAAGAAAAGAUGGGAAAAAGCUGGUUAACUUGUGUCUCGGUGUCUUGUUUAUCUCCAGGAAGAGACAAAAAGCAACAAAAAGUCGAGAAAGAGAAGAAGAAAUGGUUUGGGAAACAAAAGAGUAGAGAAUCCAUUGAAUUCUCUGUAGAGGAAACUCCACCGAUUGACCAUUCAUCUUCCUCUGUUACUCGGCCGUCGCCUCCUCCUCCUCCAUUGCCGGACUUUGCUCCUCAGCCAUUGUUACCACCACCGUCCCCUCCUCCUCCUGCCCCUCCCCUCCCGGCUUCUGCCAGGAAUAAAGGCUAUGUCGAUUCCAAACAAGCAAAGACAAGACAAGCUCUAGCUCUUGCAUCGGCUGUUGCAGCCGAAGCAGCUGUGGUUGCUGCACAUGCUGCCGCGGAGGUUGUGCGUCUCACAACGACCUCAACACAUCAAACUGGUGAAUCAAAGGAAGAAACUUCCGCAAUCAAGAUACAAAAUGCAUAUCGAUGUUACAAGGCGAGACGCACUCUACGUAUGCUGCGAGGAAUGGCCAGACUCAAGACAUUGCUGCAAGGAAAAUACGUCAAAAGACAGAUGAACGCGAUGCUUAGCUCAAUGCAAACCCUUACACGUUUACAAAUACAGAUCCAAGAGAGGAGGAAUCGAUUAUCUGAAGAGAACAAAGCUCGUCACAGGCUGAUCCAACAAAAGGUUCACCAGAAAGAAUACCAUCAGAAUCAGAAUUUGGUAAAUUAUCCUUUAUUCUUUAAUUUUGUUUUUUUUAAUUACUAAGAGGUUAUUGACCAAAACCGUAAUCCCCCAGGUUCGGGACAAAAGUGCUCGCUUUCACGGUCUUACCACUUUGUGUGAACCAAAAUCCUCAGAUGGAUCAAUUCAUGUUUGCAGGUUAUCGCAGGAGAUUUCGAUUCCAGCAAUAAAUCAAAGGAACAGAUCCGAGCAAAGUUCGUGAAUCGAAAAGAGGCUUCUGUAAGACGUGAGAGGGCUUUGGCGUAUGCUUACACUCAUCAGCAAACAUGGAGAAACUCUUCAAAACUUCCACACCAGACUCUGAUGGACGCAAACACUCCACAUUGGGGUUGGAGUUGGCUUGAAAGGUGGAUGGCUUCUCGUCCGUGGGAUCCUCAAUCUAAUGACGACCAGGCCUUACUCAAGAACUCUCUCAAACGUGAAAACUCCAUCAAGACUUCUCCUGCAAGAGCUAAAACAGUAAAGUCAGCCAGCCAGAAAGCUAUCCAAUGGCCUACAAAUAGUGAUUGUGUGAGCAUGAAGAGCGAGGGGGUUAACCGCAGGCAUAGCAUCGGUGGUGGAUCGUCCACAAAUGUCAAAGAAGACGAGAGCGUUGGUAGCUCUUUGUCACGCAGAAGUUCAUUUGGAAAUACGGAAACUGUGAAAUCGAAGGCUAGUGUGGAGACAACAAGCCAGUUGAGUAAACCACAGCCCUUGAAGAAAUCCAAGGCUAGUGUGGGAACAAGUAGAAACUUGGAUAACACGCAAGCUAUGAAAUCAAAGGCUAGGGUGGGAACAGCAGGAAAGUUGGCUACUACGCAAGAUGUGAAAUCCAAGGGUAAUGUCCGAACCACAAGCAACUUAUGUUUGCAAAAGAAGAAGGUUGUGUCUGAUAUUAAGAAACCUCCGCAAAUGGUAUUGCCAAAGAAGAGCCUUUCAUCAUCUACGUCACUUGGGACAACGAAGAAGUUGUCGGAUUUGGACAAAGCAACAACAGGUGCUGCAAAUGGAGAGAAAAAGAGAAGAAACGGUGGUAGCAGUUAACCAAAAGCCAUAGACAAAGAGGGUUGCUUUGGUGGCGAUUUGAUAGAAUUUGCAUCUCAAAUCCGAAUUUUGUUUUCUAUCGAACGCAAAUGCAAAAGAGUGCGAAAAACAAAAACAAAAUACAAAAAAGUGUAUUUUUGGUUGUGUUUCUUUGUGCGAGUAUAGAUGUCCGUUUGGC